CAGAAACAGAGUCUGACUUCAGAGCGAUGUUCCAAUUCGAAAAAAUUUCAAAUGAACUUCUACGCCGAAUAGAGUGUCCCGGAACAGAAAAGCAUUAUAAAGUAACAUUGUGCAAUGGUUUGCCAAAAUUUACCCCAGAAGUUUUGAAAGAUAAUUCCAGUAGAUUCAGUGUAAUGAUCGAAACCUUUUUACCGAUUGCUGAGAGAAUAAAAAAAAUGGAAGUGUUUAAGGAUGAUGUGUGGGUUAUUACUUUCCCCAAAUGUGGUACAACAUGGACACAAGAAAUGGUUUGGUUGCUAAAUAACGAAAUGAACUUUGAGCGUGCCAGAAAGUUAUCAUUGGAAGAAAGAUUUCCAUUUGUAGAGUUAACCGGAGCCUUAAGUUUGAUAGGCGGAGAUUCCGUAAGCGAUAUCGUACGCCUGCCCAAACCUCGACAUAUUAAAUCGCAUCUACCGGUCAUGCUAUUGCCAGAUCAAAUCUGGACUGUGAAACCGAAAAUUAUUUAUGUCUCGCGUAAUACAAAGGAUGCUGCCACUUCGUUCUAUCAUCACUACUGUAAUAUUGUCGGUUAUGACGGACCCAAGGAGCACUUUUAUGAGGCAUUCCUGAGUGAUAACCUAAUCUAUGCACCGUUCAGUGAGCAUGUGCUGGACUACUGGAAGCUACGGAACGAAGAUAAUGUGUUGUUUAUAACGUACGAACAAAUGAAACGAAAUUUAAGACAAGUGAUAUUAACAGUUUCAUCGUUUCUGGAAAAAUCGUACAAUGAUCAAGAAAUUGAUGCACUGGUAGGGCACUUGUCGGUGGAUUCAAUGAGAGCAAAUAAGUCAUGCAACAUGGAUGCAUUGGUCGAAUGGGCAAGAAACACUAACUAUAGCGAUGCAAGAAAAAAGAACGACUCGAACGAAUUUCGAUUCAUUAGAAGUGGAAAAGUUGGAUCAUACAGGGACGAAAUGAACCAGGAAUACGUCACACGUUUUGACGAUUACGAGAGAAAAAUGACCAUCGGAUAUAGUUUUGAUUUUAACUUUUAACAACCCACGAGAUUUAUACUACCAUCAUGUUCCAGAUUCACAUAAGUUAAUUGUACGAAAUAAUGUCGAGAAAAGAUAAACUAACAUAUUUUAUGAAGCAUCAAUUAAAAACUGCCUACCUUAGGACGUUGAAAGCAGCCCAAUUCGAAAAAAAUACUG